ACAUCCAACACCUGAACAUCCAACACCUGAACAUCCAACCCCCUUGACAUCCAACAUCCGAUAUGUUCACAGAAAUAAAACGUUUUUCCUGAUUGUUUCACAACGGUUACAUUCAGCAGGUAUAGACACGCCCACCAGCUCCCUGAGCCUUUGUUAUUAUUUUGGUGAUAGAUUCAUAGUCAGAAGGAUCAGGCUGAAUUGGUGUUUAUUUAUUGUUGUUUUUAUCGUUACCGUGAUAAAUACCAGAAAUUAUCAGGAUAACUUUUUUAGUCUAUAUCACCCAUCCCUAGUUGUAAAGCACAUUUGCUAUUGGCUACUGUACACACCAAUCAGCACCCACGACCAGUCCCCCUUCACACCUCCACCUGUAGUUCAGUACAAGUGAAGAGUCUCUGCAGUCUUUCACACAUGAUGUUUUUCCAGUUCUCUGUGUUGACUCAGUGUUUCACUGUCUGAUCUGUAAAACAAACAUCAGACUGCUGACAGAAUAUAAACUGCUGCUGCUGAGCUGAGGACAGCACCAAAAACUGAAGUCAACAAGAAGAAGAAGAAGAAAGCUCCACAUUCUUCUUCUAAUCCUGCUUUGAGUGUUUCUCAUGUCAAAGCUCACAGAGCUUCCUGUGUCUGAAUCAGCUCCAGGCUACUAAUAAAGUUUGACUCCUCCUCGCUCCAAAGGUCCUCCAGCCUGAAAGCGAGGAGGUCAGAGGAGCAGAAGAAGAACAAACCAGGCCAACGGACGAGGACAGAGGAAUGGGAGCGCAGGAAAAGGAGGAGGAGGACGCGGCUCCUUCGGCAGAGAAGAAGCAACAGAAGACCUCCAAAGAAGUUUAUUUCUCCGUCCUGCCGGACAAAUACGAGCCUCUGAUCGAGGAGGUGGAGGAGGAGACGCCGGAGGAGAGGAGGAAGAGGAAGGAGGAGAAGAAGAGGAAGAAGAAGCAGCGGUACAAGAGGUACAGGAAGAACGUGGGCAAGGCGCUGCGCUUCAGCUGGCGCUGUCUGCUGGCCGGCUUACAGAACAUGUCGAUGGGUUACUCCACGCCCGCCACGGCCGUGUCCACCGUGAUGACGGUGGUGCAGCAACACGCUGGCAGCAGAGCAUGAUGGGAAGGGCUUUGGUUAGGACAUUUUAACAGGACUUUGCUGUUAUUUUUUUCUAACAAUGAAGGAGUUUGUGUGUUUAAUGAUAUGAAUCAUAAUUUGCAGUAAUUAAACUAUACGCCUUCAUUUAUCUGUUCAGAAACAACUUUUAGAUGACUGUUUUAUUUACAUUUGUCGUAGUGAAUUCACUGAGUAACUUCAGAUAAAUGUAGCUCGUUCUUUAGUUAUUUAUAUACUUUAUAAUGUUGACAUAUGUUCUGUAUUUUAUCAAAUAA